AUGGAGAUGGGAGGUGGUCGGUCUCGACCAAAACCCCAUAGCUACAAUCAGUUGCAGAGUUCAAGGAUUUCGUUAAAUCCAGACACUCUUUUGAUUAUUAAGCUACCUGAUCCAAGGUUCUUACUUGUUCUGUCGCGUUCGCUGUUUUUAGCGACGGUGAUUAUCACUUUGCCUUGCAUUAGGUCCUUCUUAAAAGGACCUUCAAGCCCAGUUUUUAAUGCCAUGGAGUUUCAUCAAAGCUCUGGUUGUAUCAGCUUGGAUUACUGGAAUUUGCUUUGGGGAGAUUUUGUUAAUGAGGGUCUUAUAAAAAAAGGGCAAAAAGCUCUCAUCUUGAACUCUUUCAUUGAAAGCAUGGAUGAUGUUGAUGAUGAUGAUGAAGGUUCCAUGUUUAUAAACAAUGGUGACCUUGAUUUGGUGAUUGAACCUGAUUUUCAUCGACAAAGUUCUUUACCAAAUGACGAGUUUGAUUUUGUUUUCGUGUCGGGUUCUAUCGAUUCCAAGUUUGUGGAUCGUUUAGUGAAAAUUGGUGGCAUUGUUGCUAUGCAAUUAGGUGAUGAAAUCUCAACAGGUUAUCAAAAACAAUCUGAUUAUAUAAUUGUGUAUCUUAAGAAAUAUCAUUCCACCAUUGUUGCAAUGAAGAAGCUUGGUUCAAAGAACCAUUUAUUGGGUUCUUCAGCUAAAAGGAAGCUUUUUCAGUUAACAACGGAAGCUAAAAAGGCAGCAUUGAGUGGUUUGGAAGAUGUUUUGUUUGAACCACCAAGAAAAGCAUGGGCUAAAUCACAUUCUUACUUGAAGAAAAUCAAUUUUUUGCCAGAUUUGUUAGGGGAUUCUCUUGAAAAUUACCCUCGUAGAGUGUUCAUCGAUGUGGGAUCUUCCAACGAUGAUGAUGAUAAGAACAUUGUGAUGAAAUGGUUUGAGGAAAACUACCCCAAAAGGAACCAAGAAUUUGAGGUUUACAGCAUCGAAGCAACUGCGAGCAUCGAUGUUUCAGAUUGGUUGAUGAUGAAUGUAAGAGAAGAAGAUUACGUUGUAAUGAAAGCAGAAGCUGAAGUGGUGGAGAAGAUGAUAGAAAGGAAAACAAUUGGAUUGGUGGAUGAAUUGUUCUUUGAGUGUAACAAUCAAUGGUUGAGGGAUGAAGGAGUUGCAGUGCAUCAAUGGUGGGAAUGA